AUGAAACAAAGAAAGAAUAGGGCUCAAACGAAUAAGACAAAUAAUGAAGAUGAUGAUGAUGAUGUGAUGUUGGUUGAUCAAGAGGAAGCAACAAAAAGCACAAAGCUUAAUGUAAAUAACCUACAAGUGACUAAAAGAAGAAAGAAUAGUAAUAACAUUGAUCAAACAACAAGACAUACCGAUCAAAUACAAAGAAAUACAUCUUCCAAUCGGGUUAAUAGUAAUAACAAGAGAAUUCAUAAAGAUGAUGAUGAGGAUAAAGAAGAAGAAGAAGAAGAAGAAGAAGAGGAAGAGGAAGAAGAAGAAAAGGUAUACGAAAAGGAAGAAUUAAAGAGUAAACUUAAAAAAGAUUUACUUUUGAUUUGUCAAUCAAUGAAUAUUGAAGAUGCAUCAAUGAAACUAACCAAAGAUAAAAUGAUCAAGAGUAUUAUCAAUGUUCAAAAUAGUCGUAUACAACUUUUAGAAUUCAAAGACAAAAUGAUUGACAAUAAUCCUCUAAAUGAUUAUAACAAAGGGUCGCUUGAAUAUUCAUUGCCAUGGCCAAUCAUUGGUAAAAUACUCGAUUAUCUUUGGACUGAAUCAUCCAUUUGUACUUGUUACUAUAGUCAUCAAUUGAUUGAUACUAUAAGAUCGCAGCCUGCUGGUACUGAGAGUUUUGAUCACUAUCAAAUGUGGCCAGUCUAUCAACCAUUGUUGGAGCAACACAAAGAAUCAAGAAUGAAAUGUCCAAUGCAUACAUACCACUAUUUGAAUGAUUUGGAGCCAUCAAUCAACAUUAUUGUACCCUUCACUUUUCCCUAUCGCAAUGACACCAACAAAUGGAGAUUUCAACUACUUGCUGUGUCCAAACGAGUCAACCACUAUUUGUCGUUCAAAUACUUUACCAACAUUCGUCUUGAUAUCAACUAUGACACAUGGAAUCAUAUCAACAACCAGUAUUGUCCAAUCAAGGCACCAAAGAAAUUGGCAAUUCUCAAUCAUUGUGAUUACACGAGUUUGACAGGCAGCCGAAAAAACACUGCCAUGUUUACCUCUGUUGAAAAACUCUCGUUGGGUCAUCAUUACAACUAUACACCCGCCUAUACCAAAAAGUUACACAGUAUCUUUUAUAAAAUCAAAUCGUUUACUUUAAAAAGUCACAAUGGUCGAUUUCAACUUCAAAUGAUAUCUCAGUUCAAGCACCUUACAUCACUCCAUUUUACAACACCUCCCCAAGAUACGAAUCGACAAAAACUAUUGAUCAUUCUUCCAGCAGGGAUGGUGAAACUAUUACUUCCAGACCAAUGGUGCACCGAACCAAUCACACUCAAAGAUGAUCUAGCCAACACAAUUCAAGUUAGCAACAUUUAUCCACCAAAUCAAAUGCCAAACCUACGUACCUUUCAUGUUCUCAAAUCGUCACCUACAAUCUCAUCCUCGUUGUUUGAUCAUCCAAACGUUACCAAACUAGUCGUUUAUCAUGACCAAUUUCAAUCAUCACACAUUGCUACUUUAAACAUUGAUACUUUGAAACUUAACUUCUUGGUUGAUUUCGAAUUCAUCAUUAAAACCUCUAGUAUUUUCGAUGGAUUGAAUGCCAAACAACUCAUUUUACUCAGCAAUCGAGAUAUAACAGACAAAACGAUCAACCAUUUUAAAAAACUUGGAUAUGAAUAUAAAGGAGCUAUAUUUAAAGAAGCAUUAAAAAGACAACCACAUUUUAUUAAAACAUCAACUCCAACAUCAGAAAUUAAAACACCAACAAUACAAGAAAUAGUAGUAGUAUCACCAACAGCAACAACAACCAUUACAAUGGUCAACAACAACAACAACAAUCCAACACUUCCAUUUAUAGUAAUCGAAAAGAUUGUUGGAUAUUCAUGGAAUGGUUAUUAUUGUACUUGUGCCAAUGAUGAAAGACACCAACAUUUCAAUUUUCCAAAUUAUAUCAAUCAAUCUCGACGAUUCCUCAAAACCAAAUCAAUGUGUCCUAUACACAAAGAUCAUGUCCCAAGUUUCACAACGUAUAGAGGUGAAAGUAUGGUCAAACAAAUCAACCAUCUUCGAUUUGGAAUACCAAUGUCAUGCAAGAGAUUAUUUGAAUAUGUUUCAAAUAACCUUGUAAAGAGAUCUAUGUUAUCUUCGAUAGGGGAUUCUGAAAUAGCAGAUCAUUGCAAACACUUUUCAAAUCAAUAUUGUCUGUUGGGAAAAUCAAUUGAUACUCUUACAAUUUUUGUUCACCUUCCUUUCUACUCACCAAAUUGGAAUUUUUUAAAUCUUGGUCACUAUUUGAAAGUAAAAAGAUUGAAAAUCAUUCCUCCCAACAAUCAACUUUGUUUACUUGUGGUUGACAAACUAUUCCUCUCAUUGAGUCGUUUGCAAUCUCUUACCUCAUUGGAUAUAUCUCAAUAUUUACUAGACAGUGGCAAUGCACUCACAUUCAUCAACUCAUUAAAGAAUUUACCACUUAGAAAAUUAUAUUACAAUGAUUGUAAAGAUAACCAAUAUCUAUUCCAAGACAAUGGAUCCAUUUCAACUAGAUGGCCAUUAACACAAUCAUUGGAAGAAUUAUCAAUCAAUUCAUUUGAAGUCAUUCCAAAGUUACAACUAUUCCCAAAACUCAGACAUCUUAGAAUCAUUACCGGUCAAGAGGAAUAUAGCCAGGGUGCAAAUAUUAAAUUAACGGAUGAGCAAAUCAAAUCAAGUCUUCCGUAUAGAGUCACCAAACUAUCGUUCUACAAUAACAAUGUUGCCAAAAUCGGCAAUUUUAAUCGACAAGUGAGAGAGCUGGUGUAUUUAAACAGCUACCCUUUUGGCAAAUCUGAAAGUCCCUUUAGCCAUAUCCAAAAGAUCUCCAUGAGGUUGUCCUCUCAAAAUUUCAUCUACAGCCACCCAUUAGAUCAAACCAACUUUAAAUUCAUUGGAACCUUUUACAAGGGUGCUUCAAAUCGUUCAGUUCAAUAUAAAUGGGUAUAUUUAAGAAAUUUCAAUUAA